AUGUCUGACGACGAAGACCACGCCUCGAUCGGUCGAUAUGACCAUCGAGCGCCUCGCUCAGACCGUGCCGGUUCGCCAGACUCUCGCUCAGAUCGACAAUCCCGGCGAUGUCCCACGCCCAGCUCUGUGAAGGCCUUCGCCAGUGCGCGGCAGCGUGGCCGGCUUUCGAUCAGUUCCGAGACACAAGGAAUUGAAAGGCGCGACGAUGCAAGACGCGGCAGUUACGUGGCAUACGGUGCCAGCCUCCGUUCAGACGAUGCUCGUAGCUCCCGGAGUUCUCGCAGCCGACCAGGUACUGUGGACUUUGACGACUCGGAAAGCCUAGCCAGCCUGGCAACGAUCAGGUCCAGUGACACUGAUAUAUCGCGACCAGCGCGCAUGGCGCAGUCCAAUCAUGAGCUUUCCAUAAACUUUAACGUUUUGGACGCCCUGAUCGAGUUGGAGCAAAGUGAGCGCCCUACCCCCCACGCUUUCGAAAGUUUCCAGUCCAGCGGCAUGGAAACCAACCACUUCCCAAUGGUCACUUCGGACGGAGACUUUAUGGAACUUCCUCCUCGACUUUCGAGCGACUCCAAGCAGGCGCAUGGCAUGACGGCGGCCCAGCAGCAGCCAAAGCCUAUUCGCUUCAGUUUCUUCUCUUCGGCCUGGGAGUCAACGCUGCACGCUGCAGAAUUCGGGGACCUUCUUCUUCCCGGCGAGGACGUCAGAAACUUGUUCCAUGCUUCGCAGGAAACAGCCAAUGGUGUUUGGUGGCUGCACCUCAACAAUCCGACGCCAACAGAAGUCGUUGCCAUCUCCAGCGCUUUUGGAAUUCAUCCGCUCACCAUCGAGGAUAUCAGCACGCAGGAGAGUCGCGAAAAGAUUGAGCUUUUCCCGUCCUACUACUUUGCCUCCUUCAGAUCCUUCCAUGUCGUUGAGGAACCUGAAGGAAUCGAGUUCGAGCCUUUCAGUAUGUACCUCGUGGUGUUCCGCGAGGGCAUCAUCACCUUCAGCUUCGCACCGGAAACACACGCAUCCAAAGUCCGUUUCAGGAUCUCACAACUGACUGAGCACGUCUCUCUCAGCAGUGACUGGAUCUGCUACGCCCUGAUAAGUAGUGACGACAUUGUGGAUUCUUUCCUCCCUGCCAUUACGCAAAUCGAGCGUGAGGCAGACAAAAUCGAAGACGAAGUCUUCAUCACGAGACCAGAGGAUCACCAGGCGUUCCUCCAACGAAUGAGCCGCUCGCGAGCCAAUCUCACAGGACUCAUGCGACUCCUCGGCGGCAAGGUGGAUGUCCUGCGCGCCUUUGUCAAACGGUGUAACGAGAAUUACAAGGUCACUCCUCGCAUGGACAUUGGUCUCUAUCUUGGCGACAUUCAGGACCACGUCGUGACCAUGAUCAACAGUCUCGUGCAGUUCGAAACGAUCCUGUCUCGCUGCCGAUCCAAUUACCUGGCCCAACUGUCCAUCGACAAUGUUACGCAGGGGAACCGAACGAACGAGUUUCUGAGCCGUAUUACGGUCAUAGCAUCGGUUCUUGUACCUCUCAACUUGGUCUGCUUCCUCUUUGGAAUGAAUGUCCGGGUACCAUGGGGACAGGACGACAAUCUGAAUGCUUGGUUGGGCAUCACGAGUGGAAUUAUCCUCUUUGUGCUCUUGUCUUUGCUGGUCGCCAAGCGAUUGAAGUAUAUUUAG